GUGUAAUCAGAGAAAUAACACAGAACCACAAUGGCCAGAUGCAGGUAGUCUGCCGGGGUGUUUAUGUAGCAUUGAAAUAAUGAAAGAUGGAAGUGCGUAGGACAGUAUGUAGGUUAAACACGUUUGCUUUUUAACUUAUUCUUAUUUAUGACCGAAGCACUUGUCUGUUUUACUAUGUAGCUGAACUUGCGGCAGACAAUCAGGGCGCCUCACUCUGACAGUUGGUUUUUAUUCAUCGCAAGCAUUUAUUUCCAAACUCUGAGCGGUGCUGACACAUUUUUCAUCGUCCGGAAUUGAUCAGAGUUACUUUUCAAAGUUCGACUCCACCUAAAGCGAGCAUUUGUUUUUUUGUCCACAAUGACUGAGCGGACUCCUCUCCUGAACUACCGCCUCUCCGCCAGCGUCAAUGAGUCCGAGUCGCGGUCUCCUCUUGCCAACCAGGCCCCGGAGAAGCUUCCGGGCAGCCCGCGGCACAGGUCCUCGCCGCAUCGGCAGCCCAAGAAGCUGUCGGUGUUCUUCGGUGUGGUGGUCCCCACCCUGCUGUCAAUGUUCAGCGUGGUGGUCUUCCUCAGAAUAGGGUUUGUGGUGGGACAGGCUGGACUGUACCAAGGUAUUGCCAUGUUCCUGGUGGCCUACUUCAUUAUCUCCAUGACUGUGCUGUCGGUGUGUGCUAUCUCCACCAAUGGAGCGCUGGAUGCUGGGGGAGCCUAUUACAUGAUUAGCCGAGCACUGGGUCCAGAGUUCGGUGGCAGCAUCGGCCUUAUGUUCUUCCUGGCUAAUGUGUGCGGCAGCGCCCUCUUUGUGCUGGGUCUGGUGGAAGCCAUUCUGGGCACUUUUGGAAUACCAGAAGAUCCAACUCUGGCUCCUACUGCACACCAGAUCCUGCCGUCAGGUUACUGGUGGUCUCUGCUGUACGGCACCGUUGUCGCAUUGCUGUGCCUUUUAGUGUGCCUUGUGGGAGCCCACAUCUACGCCAAGGCCACUUUCAUCAUUUUCCUGGUGGUCAUCUUCGUCCUGAUCAUGAUCUUCAUAAGCUUCUUUGUUGUGCGGCCUAAACCCAUCACAUUGCCGAGCUCCAGUUUCUUCAACGGGACAGGCCCCGGGUUUCCCACCACUGCCAAUUAUACUGGAUUCAAGCUGGAAACGCUGUUGGGAAAUCUGUACGGUGGCUACUCUGUAGAUUACACCACUGGGAAUAUGAUGACCUUUGCCACUGUGUUUGCUGUGAUGUUCAAUGGCUGCACCGGCAUCAUGGCGGGCUCGAAUAUUUCAGGGGACCUGAAGAAUCCCAGCUACUCCAUCCCCCGUGGCACCAUCACCGCAGUCAUCUUCACCUUCAUCACGUACAUUCUGCUGAGCAUUCUGGCGGCCUGCACCUGUGACCGUGUUCUUCUUCAGAGAGAUUACAGUUUCCUGAGGGACAUCAACAUCUGGAAUCCCUUAGUCAUCGUUGGAGUUUAUUCCUCUACGCUCUCUGCUGCAAUGAGCAAUCUCAUCGGAGCUUCUCGCAUCCUGUAUGCCCUGGCAAGGGAUGACUUAUUCGGUAAGGUACUGUCUCUAGCGAAGAAGACUUCCCGCAGUGGCAACCCCUGGGUAUCUGUGCUCAUGUCCUGGUUCCUGGUGCAGCUGGUGCUGUUUUCAGGAAAGCUCAACACCAUUGCCAGCAUUGUGACCAUUUUCUUCCUGCUGGUGUAUGCCGCGGUGGACUUGGCUUGCCUUGCCCUGGAAUGGGCCUCUGCACCUAAUUUCAGGCCCACGUUUCGUUACUUCACCUGGUAUACAUGCAUGCUGGGCAUCAUCGGUUGUGCCAUCAUGAUGUUCCUCAUCAAUGCCAUCUACGCCUCAGCUAGCAUAGCCUUCAUGCUGCUCCUCCUCCUGCUGAUUCACUACCUCAGCCCCACGUCCAGCUGGGGAUACAUCAGCCAGGCUCUCAUUUUCCACCAGGUACGUAAAUACCUUCUGAUGCUGGAUGUCAGGAAGGACCACAUCAAGUUCUGGAGACCUCAGAUCCUCCUGAUGGUUUCCAACCCUCGCAGCAGUGUGGGCCUCGUCACGUUUAUCAAUGAUAUCAAGAAAAGCGGCCUCUACGUGCUGGGACAUGUCCAGCUAGGAGACCUCAGCACUUUACCAUCUGACCCCUUGCAGGCUCAGUAUGACUCCUGGCUGGCCCUAGUGGACCAUCUAAACAUCAAAGCCUUUGUCAACCUGACAUUGGCAGAUUCUGUACGUCAUGGUGUCCAGCACCUCCUCUUCAUCUCAGGACUUGGCGGGAUGAGACCCAACACCUUGGUCCUUGGUUUCUAUGAUGACUGCCUUCCCAAAGAUAAGCUGAUUGAAUCCUCCCUGUCUGCCACCGAGUCCACAGAUCCCUUGAAUCCUUCUCGGGAUUUCGAGCAACCUGCUCUGUACCGCUUUGCCUACCUGCGGGGCUCCAGUGACAGGCGUGAUUAUGGUGAAUUUGGGGAUGGGAAGGUUUUAGGCCCCCAGGAGUACAUUUCUAUUAUUUCUGAUGCCAUGAAGAUGCUCAAAAAUGUGGUACUUGCUCGAUAUUUCAAUGACUUUGAUAGAGCUCAGGUCCUUUUGCCAUCCUCCCUAGCAAAGAGGGUUGUGUAUGUAGAUGUUUGGCCAGUAAACCUCCUCCGUCCAGACAGCUGCAGCUACGUCGACACCUGCUCCUUGUUCCUGCUGCAGCUGGCAUGUAUCCUCAACAUGGUAAAAGCCUGGCACAAGGCUACUCUGCGACUGUUCCUGUGUGUGGAGGAGGGGCGUAGCGUCAAGGGCUCACAGGCCAAACUCGGCCAGCUCCUUAAAGAUUUGAGAAUUAAAGCUGAGGUGCAUCCGGUACCCUGGGACCAGGUCGUGGCCUUACACUGGCAGCGGCAAGGUGGAUUAGGCAAAAAUCAGGGGUCCCACUCUCCGGACUCCGCCACCGACGAGAUGGAGGCCAGAGCUAUCGAGGAGGAGAGCGAAGACGAUUACGUCAACAGCUUCCCGAGCAAUGCUACACGCGUCUCAGAUGACUACCUGGCAGCUGUCAAUAAGCUGAUCCUGGAUCAGGCCAGCCCACCUCCUGCCGUGCGUUUCCUGUACCUCCCCCGGCCCCCAGCUGACACCCGCCGCUACGCUACUUACUUACACCAGCUGGAUCUGCUUACUCAGGAUUUAGGACCCACUCUCCUCAUCCAUGGAGUCACUCCUGUCAUCACCACUGAUCUGUGAGCUCUCCUCUUCCUGACACAUUCAGUGAAGUGUGCCUUACACUCUGUCAGUUAGCAAAUUCUGCAGUCUACUCAUUAAAGUUGUGGACCACAGCUCAGCGUUGACCUCUCCAUUAUCACUGCUAGCUCACUGACACCUCCUUCUCUGCCUUAUACAACGUUCCUAUUUUUUAAUACUUUCCUUUUUAUAUGUCUUAUAACUUCCAAAUAACGUUGCACGCUCAUCAAGCGCCAGAAGACACAUAGAAAACCCUCACUGGAGCUUUAAGCUCAGCUUUUAGUUUGAUUUUAUUCCUCUAAAUGACCAUUCCAUGUAUCCUCAGGUCAGAAAGUGCCUUUUUUAUUUGGGGAACAGAAGUAACAAAAUAUUAAUGCUUACAGCAGUCAUUUCCUUUUCGGAGUUUAGAACAAAGCUGCUUCUACAAUAUGCUCUCAGACUCUUAUUCCCAGGAAUCUCAGGACGACAUUCCUUUUUAUCCAAAUACAUUUUGUUCUCCCCUUUCAGCCAAACUGCACAGUGUGCUGAUUUCCAAAAAAGACUUUGACAUUUCCCAGCUUCAUUAACUGCUCCAACUAUAACAGAGAUUUUCUCAAUUUGUUUCUAUUAUCUCCUAUAAUCUCACCACUUCCAGUUUACUCUCAGUGGCCAUAAUGGUUGACCAGCCUCGUACUAAAUUGCCCAGAUGAAUUUAAAUAUCUCCUCAUCUCUGUGGCUAAACUCAUUAGCUAAAGUGCUUGUAACAUUAAAAACGUGUUUAUGUAAAUUCUGCUCAACUGUGUGGACAAACUGGGAUUUAUUGGAACAUAUGUUAUGGCAAUAGCAUAGAACCUUAUGCAGUCUAACUGUUCGCUUUUAUCAGUGAACAACCUAGCAGUCUGUGACAAAUACUUCCCUUGGUAUGCACUCUGUAGCCUCUGCAACAAGAAUCUCAAGGGUUUGAAGAACUAGCUUUUGAAUGUCAUAUACCAGAUGAACUGCACAAGGACCUCAGCAUAUCUGAGGACAAACAUGUUGGUCUAAAGAAAACCUGGUGCUCUGAUUUUACUACUAACUUGUUUGCAUUUGGACUAAUUUCAAAUGUGUUUCCUUGUAAUCUUUGUACAUUCUCUGUUUUUCUUCCGAUAGGUUUGUGUUUGGACACUACACUCCUGCUUAAACCACUCGCAUUACAUUUCUUCAUGUCUUUGUCUGGCAUUUGUUAUCCAUUUUACAGGAGAACAAUAAAUUUAGUUGGACACACUUUAUUAAAGAAAUGAAUAUUUGUGUUACUGUUGAAUUAUGUCCAAACUGUCCGAGAUGUUGACUGUAAUGACAAGAAAAAUAAACGUCUUUGUCUUUUGUC